UCUUGUCCACGAAUGUUCGUACUUCUCUUGACAGGAUUUAAGCCUGCCGUUUAGUGGGUUUAUUGAUUGCAUUUUUGAUGUAGACUCUGAUACAUUUUUAUUAGAUUCAUGACUGGUGAGACCUUUAAGGAUUGGUUCCUGAAGAUAACGACUCCUCGUCAGUACCCGACAUGAGCCCCCUCUACCGCGGAGCGGAGCUGCGGACGUCAGCAUUUGGAGUCCAUUAGACUUUAUUGAUGUUAAGCACACAUGCGCACUGUUUUCACGCAGGCGUAUGCUACAUUACAUUUUACGACGCUGUCUGAUCUGAACUGUGAAUGUCUGAUAUUUUACAACAUUACAGGAUUGUCGCCACAUCUCUCGUUUGGAUGAAAGCAGGUCCUGAAAAUGGAUUGACGGGUGCAACGGAUAAUAAAUAAUCCUGGCAUGCAUCCUGUAAUCAGUGCUCGAUUAACCUUUCUAGUUGUCGCUUCGGAAACAGGAAGUUGAGUAACACGUGGAGGACCCGGUGCAGCAGCAGAGCUUCAAAAAAAAAAUCGAUUACUACAGAGCGAAAGAAAAAAAAAAAGAAUGGAACAGAACGAAGUCUUGAACAACUCCCAGCCCGUUAUUAAAGAGCUGGACUAUGUGGUGUUAAAGCGAGAAGAUAUUUAUAAAGCAGUGCAAAUACAACCAAAGAGGAAAAUCAUCUUUGAGAAGCAGUGGCUGUUCCUUGAUAACGCUGUUGGACAGCCCUAUGGCACCACGUUUGACGUGAUUGCAGGAGGAGUCCUUCAAGCACAGAAGCCCCGGCCUGCAGGCAGCGUACAAGAAUCCAAAGAGGCGGGUGUAGAUAAUAGGAACAUUGUGGAUGAUGGUAGAUCUCAGAAAUUGACAAGAGACGAUAUUGAAACAUUAAAAGAGCAAGGCUUAAAGGGGCAGGAGAUUGUGCAGCAGCUAAUUGACAACAGUACAACAUUUAGGGACAAAACAGAGUUUGCACAAGAGAAAUAUAUUAAAAAGAAAAAAAAAAAAUAUGAAAAUAUUGUAACUAUCGUGAAGCCUUCAGCACGGGUCCUGGCUCAGAUGUAUCAUGGAAGAGAGCCUGGAAAAAUCUGUCACCUACGUUAUGAUACUCUUGGACAGAUGCUCACUCUUGGGAACAUUCAUGCUGGCAAUAAAGUAAUUGUGUUUGAAACUUGUGCUGGGCUGGUGCUUGGUGCCGUCAUGGAGAGAUUAGGAGGUUAUGGAUCAGUAAUACAAAUGUGUCCUGGAGGGGGACCAGUUAGAGCCGCAACUGAUAGUUUUGGAUUUCCAGAGGACUUUUAUGAAAUGCUUCACGAAUUUCCUCUUAGCAAAGUAAAUGGCCUCCUAGAUGGCAGCCUUGUGUAUAGUGUGGAAGAGAAGAGUGAAGCAGAACAAACUAAUACUUUGGAUGACUGCAUGCAGACAAAGGAGGAAAUUCCAGAUCAGUGUGACCUGGUCAAUGAAAGGAAUGAUCAGGAUGAGGAGCUCAUGGAGACCUCCUCCAGGGAAGAACAAGGAAAGCAGGACAAAGGAAGCUCUAACACCCAAGAUAGUAAAGUCCAAGAUAAACGAGUGAAACAGGAAGAAAAGCAAAGAAAAGAGAAGAUUGCGGCAGCCUUGUUGAGAGAAAAGAAUGCUGAUGGGUUAGUCAUUGCCAGCAGAUUCCAGCCAAGUCCGGUUGUGCUUUCUUUAUUGAAAUUUGUAGCCCCGUCAAGACCUUUUGUAAUUUAUUCUCAGCAUAAAGAGCCUUUAAUAGAAUGUUAUACUAAACUUCGAGAAAGAGGAGGAGUGAUCAGCCUGCGAUUGAUUGAAACCUGGUUAAGACAAUAUCAGGUUUUGCCUAAUAGGACUCAUCCUAAAUUGCUUAUGAGUGGAGGAGGAGGAUAUAUUUUGUCAGGAAUAACAGUAGAAAUGGAUGUAGAAAAACCUUCAGAAACUGAAAAAAGUGGAGAACCAGCUUGCAAGAGACUGAAAAUUCAACAUGCCCAAGACUGAUACUGCAUCAAUUCUUCUGAAGACUGUGAAGACGGAGCAAUGCUUGUUAAGCCCCCAGACUCUCCUGUAUGAUGAGACUGUUUGUGAGCGGGGACCUCUAAUUUCUAAGUACUGUAUUCUUUUAUUGUGGAUACCGUGGCAGGCAUGUUUCCUGUAGUAGCAGAUGUAAAUUAUGAUUUUUAAAAUAAAUGUAGAAUAUUACAUUCA